GCGCCGCCUCCGCUUUGUGGGCGCAAAAAGCCCUUGACUGGGUGGCGCCCGCGGGAAUCGCCCAGUCCUUCCUCUCCCUUUUUCUUAGCGAAUGACUCGGAUAUUUCCGAACCUGCCGGCAGUAGCUACAAUCUACAGCGAGGGCCGGGGCUGCCUCAAAGCCUUCCCGCGAACUCCAUGGAGAAGGCAAUUACAGCGGUGCAAAGCGCCGGGGACAACGUGUCAGCGGCUGCGGCCAACAGCAGCGGCGGAGGCAGUAACAGUAGCAGCCGGACUAGCAGUCGCCCCACGUCGGCGGGUUCCUCGCCUUCCACUUCUACCAGUCGGGGUCUCUCGGGCCGGCAAGCAGGAGCGGUGGCUGCAGCGCUGGCCGCGAGGCCGGAUGGAGGAAGCAGCAGCAGCCCCAGUUCAGCUGCGGCCAGUCCUGGAGGAGUCUGCGGCGCCGGCGCCCCGGGGGGACUGGCGGCUGGUAGGAGAACGGAGGCAGUUCUGGAGGGGACCUUGAGCAAAUACACCAACCUCAUCCAAGGUUGGCAAAGCAGGUAUUUUAUAUUGGAUUUUGAGACUGGAAUUCUACAGUACUUUGUAAAUGAGCAGAGUAAAAACCAGAAGCCUCGAGGAAUCUUAUCUUUAGCUGGGGCUAUAGUUUCUCUCAGUGAUGAAGCUCCAAAUAUGUUGGUGGUAUAUUCUGCUAAUGGAGAAAUGUAUAAAUUGAGAGCUGGUGAUACAAAGGAGAGACAGUACUGGGUGACUCAACUUCGAUCUUGUGCCAAGUACCAUACUGAAAAUAAUUUGAAGAGCACUCUGACUUCACGAGCAAAAAGCUUGACUUUGUUGCCCCUUGGAACAGCUAACUCGACAUCUCUCAGUUCUCAAAAAAUCGUAACUCAGAGUGGGCCUCCAGUUAUCACCAUUACACAUCACAAAUCUCCUGUGGUAGCCCGAAAAACCAAACCUCAGUAUCCCUGCCAGCUUCAUGGCGUCAGAGAAAUUAUGGCCCAAGUGGAAGGACAACAGAAGAACCUUGUGCAAGGCAUUGAAUCCCUUCCAGGUUCUGGUCCUCUUUCUGCCUUUGAUCAAGACUUUCUGCUUUUAAAAGCUACCUCUGCUGCUGCUCUCAGUUGCUUGGGAGAAUGCCUGCAUUUGCUUCAACAGAGUAUAAGCCAAGUGAGCGCACCCCAGAACAAGACAUUGCCUUCAGAAAAUAUACUAGUAUGGCAUGGAUCAAAGUCAAAUUCUACAGAGAUACUGAAAAAUAGUGCUCUUGGUUCUUUAACAACAGCAAGCGCCAAUCUCUCAUGGUCAGUCAUACCAUCUGUGAUACAAGAUGAAACUAUGCAUACAACUCGUGAAGUGAUUCUGGUUGAAGAUGAGGUGACAGACACUGAAGACUCUGAAGAGGAUGAUUUAGGAAACUUGGAUGAUCAGCAAAGUAUAAUCCUUCAUAUUAUCUCACAACUGAGACUUGGGAUGGAUCUAACUAGGGUAGUCCUUCCAGCCUUUAUUUUAGAAAAGAGGUCUCUGCUGGAGAUGUUUGCAAACUUCUUAGCCCAUCCAGACCUAUUUUUAUCAAUUUCGUGUGGAACCAGUCCUGAGGAAAGAAUCAUCUCCUUUGUGGAGUACUAUUUGACAGCCUUUUAUGAGGGCCGAAAAGGCAUUGUUGCCAAGAAGCCAUAUAAUCCAAUAAUUGGAGAAACAUUUCAUUGCUCUUGGAAUGUGCCUAAGGACAGAGUAAAAUCAAUGAGAGCAAACACUGCCUCUUGUGGUCUCAAGGGGCAUUCUUCAUCAGAAUGUUAUAGACUGAAAUUUGUAGCUGAACAAGUGUCCCAUCAUCCACCAGUGACCAGUUUUUACUGCGAGUGCAAAGAGAAGAAAGUGUGUGUGAAUGUUCAUGUAUGGACCAAAAGCAAAUUCAUGGGGAUGUCUGUAGGUGUUUCUAUGGUAGGUGAAGGCAUUCUUUAUCUCUUGGAACAUGGGGAGGAAUAUAUAUUCACAUUGCCUUCUGCCUAUGCGCGUUCAAUACUUACUAUUCCUUGGGUAGAGCUUGGAGGCAAAGUCAAUAUUCACUGUGCCAAAAGUGGCUACUCUGCUAUGGUCACAUUCCACACCAAGCCAUUUUAUGGAGGAAAACUACACAGGGUUACAGCAGAGGUGAAGCAUAAUCCAACCAAUACCAUAGUGUGUAAAGCACAAGGAGAAUGGAAUGGCAUUCUGGAAUUCACAUAUAGCAAUGGUGAAACCAAAGUAAUUGAUACCACCAAAUUACCUAUAAUCCGGAAGAAGAUCAGACCAAUAUCAAAACAAGGCCCCUUUGAAUCAAGGCGUUUAUGGCAACAUGUCACUGCUGCCCUGAAGGAAGGUGACAUUGAUGUGGCAACAGAACAUAAGCUUUUUCUUGAGGAGAGGCAGCGAAAAGAGGAGAGGCAACGAGCAACUAGCAACACACUUUGGAAACCAAAAUAUUUUACCAAAGAGGGCGAUGGGUGGACGUACUUUAAUCCCCUCUGGAAGAGUCAUUGCUAAAUUCAUCUGGAUUCAAAUGCCCAUUUUUUAAAGGCAUUAAAUAGAUGCAUUAUUUAAUCUUCAGAUGUGAUUGUCUUGUUAAUUAAAGCUGCAUUUUGUAAAUAAUGCACCUCAAAAUGAAAAACUCAAGUUUAUUGAAGAACCAUUCUAUAUGCAUAUAUUAGAAGUGGAUAUGAUUCCAUGUGUUGAUACCAUAUGUGUAUAUUGUAUAUAAUACACAUAUCACACAGACAAUUAAAUAUCUGAUCUCUUGCACUGAAAUCAAUGUACACCAUAUUGCUUGCCGGAUCAGAUUUCACAUUAUUAUCACUUUCUAGUAUUGAUGAAUUUUUGUACUUUUCACACUGCCAAAGUUUUGCACUUAAAGCCACUGAGUAAUUUACAGCUGUAACAGAGCCUGCCUAAAGAACAUAUUUUGACAAGAAUAUGGUGGUUUGUUUGGAUGUAACAUGUAAAAGCAGGUUUCUGCCUUUGUAGAUCACGCUAAAACCUUGUUUCCUGGUGCCAUCUAGGAAAAUAGAAAUAUCUAAGCAAUUUUGAUAGCCAUUAACCUCAUCCUUCUCACUACGUGCUUUGUAUACCUAAUGGAUAUAUUUGUUUUUUUGGGAGAAUGUAGAUAUUUGAUAACUUAAUUGAACCAGAGAUUUCUAAAACACUAUUAAUUUUUCAAAUGCAUGAAUAGUUUUUUGUCUUUUGUAUCCAGUUUUGUUGACUACAUCAAUUUAUUUUAUUUUUUAUAUUUGUAAACCGUCCAUCUUCCUCAAAGGGAAAUAUAAAUACAAAACUUACUUAUGGGAUCAUUGAAAUAAUUUGUUCAAAAAAAGGCUAGCUGUUGAGAUGACUGUUUUGGCACAAGUCCAAAAAGUGGAAGGAAAGACUUCUUCCACAUCAUUUGUUGCUAUAACGAGACAACCAAAGCUAGAAUCUAAACUGUGUUAUUUGUUAUGAAGUAUUUCCUUACAAUAAAAUUCUAACUAUACCUAAAUAAUAUUAUCAACUAUUGGGAGAAAAGAUUAGGAAAGAAAUUUAACUUCCCAUAAAAUGGUUUGUGCUAUUUUGAAUGCCCAUUCUGUUGUACCAUCCAGCUGGUUUCCAUAUUUAUCCCAGCCAACUAGAACGGUACAUGAGAAAGUCUAACUUCCUCAAGAUGAGGGAGAUUGCAAAUUGCCCAUAACUUCAGAAUGGUCCAACUGAUUGUUAAUCAUAUAUGGAGAAGUCCAGCAUACAUAAAGAAUCCUUACAGAAGAUUGCAGGGUCCCAUUCAUAGUACGCAGUAAGAUGGAUCAGUGAAAAUAAGUGUGCAUAUUAUUUCCCCAAUUAUAGCUUCAGUAUUAUUACUCAUAUUUCUUAAUAUAGGUUUAAAUUAAAUUAAAAGUAUCAAAGCUAUCAAAAGUUCUCUGUUUAGUCUAUAAAAUCAUAUUAUACCCUCCCCCAAUACAUUCAUUUUGAACUGACCUGGAUUAUUUUUGUGCCUGAAUUUUCUUAAUAAUGAGUGAAAGGCUAAUGAAAGUUUUACUAGCUUUUAAAAUAUUUUUUUCAAUGAAAAUAUUAAAAUGGUAAUCAAAAGUAUGCAUAUCUAUCUAUAUAACAAGAUUAAUAUAUUAAUAAUGUGAUUUAAUUAUGUUUAUGAAAAUGCAUUCAAUUUAUAAAAACUGAAUUUAUUUAAUCAUGCUUAAAACUAUUUAAAAGGAAACAAAGCUAUAUCCUGGAGAUAAUAGUAUAUAAAUUUUUGCUUAUAAAAGGAAAGCUCCUUUGGUAUCAAAUUUUACAUAUGAAUCAUCUUUGAUAAUAGUAGAAACCUAAUUUGCAUUACUGAUAUAACAAUAUAUAGGAGGCUGAUGUUAGUCUGGUAUGCAACAAGCACAUUAACAGAUGCUCUUACAGAUUUCUGAAACUGCAGUUUUGUGUUAUGUUUUUUAUUCAUUCUACAAGUAGCUGGUUUUGUUUUCAGAUUUCUUUUAUCUGUUCCGUGUUGUUACAAAUCUGAGUCCUAGUCAUCUUAAUAUAGGUAUUCUUGUUUUUGGAAUUUAUCUUCAUGAAUAGAUAUUUGAUAUUUCUUUUCUACACAGGAUAUUUCACACUGCAUGAUAAAUCAUGUUACUCCUGUUCUAAUAAACACUUUAUGUUCAUAAUACAAUUGGCAACUGAAUACAUGAUGAAUAUUAAAAAUUCCAAAAUUAUGAGAAGUUAGAUCUACUAUGCACAGCCUUAAAUCAGGAAAAUACUAAUCCACAAGGGUUUAAAAAAAAUCCAAGAUAACUUUCUUCCUUGAAUUUCACAAUUGAAUCAAUAACAUGCAUUAUUUAUAGAUCAUUACAUAUUAUUUUGCAUUUAAGAUUGAAUGUUUCUUUUUCAGUUAGAUGCUGUAAACUUUGAAUUAUAAAUUUUGACAUAUUUCCAGUUAUAAGAUCUAUGCAAUUUCUUCUUAAAUAUAAUUAUUCAUAAACAAAAAUAUACUUAUUGUUAAGAUCCAAUUCUUUGGCAAUCACUUCCAAUUAGUUUUGCUUUCAUAUUUUGGGAACUACAAUCAUGAA